UUUUACAUAAUAAUUUGGGGGAAAAAAGUCAAAACUCUAAUAAUAAUAAGAGAUAGUAUUAUAAACCCAUUCGAUCGAAUGAAUGCAUGCAUUUGAGAAAGAAAGGGUGGGAAUGGAGUUGAACAAGCAUUUCAGCCACAACCACGGCCUGGCACCCCACCACCUCCCCCCCGGUGGCGCCGCCGCCCUCAUUUGCGGCGGCUGCAAACUUCCGGCCUCCGGCAACGUCCAUGUGUGCUGGAAGUGCAGCUACUUCCUCCACGACCAAUGCUUCAGAGCCCCACGCUCCAUGAAGCACCCCUCCCACCCACCCCACCCCCUCACCCUCACCCCCUUCCCCACUUACCCCUCUUCCUCCUUCUUCUGCAACUCCUGCCACGCCCCCGGCCAUGGCUUCUCCUACACCUGCUCCCACUGCGACUUCGACCUCCAUCUCCACUGCGCAAACCCUAACCCUAAUUUCAUCAAUCCCAAUUUACCAAAUUACCCUCCCUCUCCUCCCGUUCAAUCCAAUCCAAAUUUACCAAAUUACCCUCCUUCUCCUUCCGUUCAAUCCAAUUCAAAUUUACCAAAUUACCCUCCUCCUUCUCCCGUUCAAUCCAAUUCAAAUUUACCAAAUUACCCUCCCCAAACAGGAAUCUACCCACCGCCGAUUGACCCGAUUUACAGCAUCGUCGUCAGUAGCUCCACAAAUCCACCCGCCCCAAACCCGAAUCCGGUGAUUUCACAUCUGGAGCAUCCGCCCGCGAAGCCGCCGGCGAUUAUCAAGCAUUUCAGCCACCCGCACGUCCUGACGGCGAUGGAGGUGGAGAAGAGGAAAGGAAAGGAGUGCUCGGCGUGCGGCGGCGACGUCGCCGGCGCGGCGUACCUCUGUACGGAGCCUCACUGCGGAUUCAAUCUCCACAAAACGUGCUUCGAGUCGCCGCCGGAGGUGAAGCACAAAUCGCACCUGCAGCACCCACUCCGGCUGCUGGCGGCGCCGCCGUACAACGGCGGCUUCACCUGCAACGCCUGCCUCAAGGAGGGGAAGGCCUUCGUCUACAACUGCGCCGCCUGCUCCUACGACCUCCACAUCGACUGCGUCCGGUGGCCGGAAAAGGUCGUCCGGCCAGACCACGCCCACGCACUUACGCUUUACUACUCGUCGCCGGCGGCCGACGCCGGCGACGGCGAGGAGGUGACGUUUAUGUGCGACGUGUGCAGCAAUCCGGUGCACGAUAUGGCGUGGGUCUACUUUUGCCGUGACUGUAACUUCGGGACGCAUUUGGAGUGCGUGGCGGCGGGGAUUAAGCCGGAGAGUGACUCCGGCGCCGGCGCCGGCGGGAAGAGUCAGGAGGAAAUGAUUAGUGAAACGGAGCUGAAAAUUGCGAUGCUGCAGUUGUUGUUGGGAGAAGAAGGGUUUAAGAUUGCUGUCGAUCUACAGUGAAAUUGGUGAUCUGAUGCAUGUAAAUGUAACUGGAAUUUGGAUUAAAUUUGUGUUUGGUUGAAAUA